UUUUUAACUUUUUAUUUAUUAAAGUUCAAGCGAAAAAAAGAGGAAUAAAAUUAAACGUAUCCAUUCCAUUCCAUUCCAGUGUUUGGCUGGCACACGGAACAAGAGCAUCCAUUCCACUCCGGUGUUUGGUUGGCACACGGAAUAAGAGCAUCCAUUCCAUUCCGGUGUUUGUCACACGUGGGAAUAGAAUCCCCCAUUUCCCCGAUUCGAUUCAAUCACCAAAUCCGGUUCUAAUUUAAAUUACAAAUCUAAUUCCACCAUCCCUGAUCAGUCGAUUUCCACCAACGGCCACUGCAGAACCCUAAAGUUCUCUAUCCGGAAUGGGUAGAUUGUCAACUAAAAAACACAAGUGGACAAAAAUAGAAGAUGAGGCAUUGAUUUCUUCACUCACAGAGUUAUGUCAAUCUGGUUGGAAAAGAGACAAUAACAUCUUCAGAAGUGGAUACACAACUGUGCUUGAGAAAGAGUUGAAAUCUAAGCUUCCUGGAUGUAACCUCAAGGCAAGUCCGCAUAUUGAGUCGAGGCUUAAAACGUUAAAGAAGCAUUGCGAUGCGAUAACGGAUAUGAAAGAUGCGUUUGGCAUAGAAUGGAGAAGCGCAGACUGCAUGUUAAUCUGUUAUGAUGAUGAUGUAUGGGAUGAUUGGGUAAAGGAUCAUUCGGAUGCGAAGGGGUUGAGAAAUAAACCGUUUCCUUAUUAUGAUGAAUUGUGUUUUAUAUUUGGAAAACACAGAGGGAAUCAUAGGAAUAUUGAAGAUGCAUCGGAUGCUAAUCGAGCCGUAGAGACAUACGAGACUAGUGAGUAUGCUGGUCAUAUGUCAAAACACAAGCAAUUUAAAGUGUCGGUAAAUGACGAGGCUAACGGUCAUAAAGGGGAUGACAUGGCCGCUGACGAUGAUUCAAACGACGACGACGAUGAUGAUCUGUCGAUAGAUAAUGCUACACAUGCUGCUAACAAGAAGGGUCACAGUAGUAAUUGGUCUUCACGAACAGAAGGGUUAGUGAAGAUAAUUGAGGCGUUGAUAAAAAAGCAAGAUGAGCAGUUUUCGGUUUUGGUAGGAAUAGUUGGUAUAGACGUCGCGACAGAUAAGGCGGCAGCUGAUAAAAGAACGAAAUUGAACGGAGAGUUGAAAAAGAUACCAAAUCUUAGUCUACAAGCACGACUUCGAGCGGCAUCUGUUAUUGUUGGUGACUCUGCUAAACUUGAUCUUUUUUUUAGUCUUUCUAAUGAAGAAAGGAAAGAAUGGGUGUCAAUGUUACUUUCAGGGCUUAUUUAAGGUUGUUAUGAAACGGUUAAAAAGUUAGUUAGAAAGGUUUCUUUAGAACUCAUUUUCUACUCUUACUAGAGCAUGCUUUGAUCAUAUAUAUAGAAACAAUAGUAAUAACAAUAACCAUUUUAGCUGAAUAAUAUGUUUACAUUUAUCA